AUGUCGUUGCUGACGGUGAUAGUCAUGGUAGUGAUGUCGUUGGUGACGGUGAUAGUUAUGGUAGUGCUAUUGUUGAUGACGGUGAUAGUUAUGGUCGUGGUGUCGUUGAUGACGGUGAUAGUUGAUAGUUAUGGUAGUGAUGUCGUUGGUGCCGGUGAUAGUUAUGGUAGUUAUGUCUUUGAUGCCGGUGAUAGUUAUGGAAGUGAUGUCGUUGGUUACAGUAAUAGUUACGGUUGUGAUGUCGUUGAUGACUGUGAUAGUUAUGGUUGUGAAGUCGUUGAUGAUAGUCAUAGUUAUGGUAGUGAUGUCGUUGGUGCCGGUGAUAGUUAUGGUAGUAGUUAUGGUAGUGGUGUCGUUGGUGACGGUGAUAGUUAUGGUAGUGAUAUUGUUGAUGACGGUGAUAGUUAUGGUCGUGGUGUCGUUGAUGACGUCGUUGAUGAUAGUAAUAGUUGUGGUAGUGAUGUCGUUGAUGACAGUGAUAGAUAUGGUAGUGGUGUCGUUGAUGACAGUUAUAAUCAUGGAAGUGAUGUCGUUGGUGACAGUAAUAGUUACGAUUGUGAUGUCGUUGAUGACGGUGAUAGUAAUGGUAGUGAAGUCGGUGAUGACGGUGAUAGUGAUGUCGUUGCUGACGGUGAUAGUCAUGGUAGUGAUGUCGUUGGUGACGGUGAUAGUUAUGGUAGUGAUAUUGUUGAUGAAGGUGAUAGUUAUGGUAGUGGUGUCGUUGGUGACAGUGAUAGUUAUGGCAGUGAUGUCGUUGAUGACGGCGAUAGUUAUGGUAGUGGUGUCGUUGGUUACAGUAAUAGUUACGGUUGUGAUGUCGUUGAUAACGGUGAUAGUUAUGGUAGUGGUGUCGAUGGUGACGGUGAUAUUUAUGGUAGUGGUGUCGUUGGUAAGUGA